AUGCGCGCAUCCCUUUCAAAGCGCGUGCGUCCGAAUAAGCGUCGCCGCCGCCGUUGCGCGCGCCCUCACCCCGACGCGCUGUGCCUCCCUCCCCCUUCCCCCGCUCUCCCUUGCGCGUGCGCGCGCCCGUCGCCGCCGCACGUAUGGACAGCGCUCGUGCCCCCGCCGCGUUCUAGUCGCGUGGCGGACGCUUCCCCGCCACGACCCGGCUUGCAGCAGCAGCGGGAUGGGGAGCUGGGGCGCACUGUUUUCGCCGCUGGCAGAGUGUGGCGGCGGCGGGGCGCAGGCUAG